AUGGAGCGUUUGAUUGCAUUGAUCGGAAAGCCUUUUCAUUUCGCAAGUCAAAUUCUGCAGAAAGCACAAAUCGGAAAAGGCAAACUUGUGGACGAUGUAAAAUAUUUAUUUCCGUUCUUUUUUGUUUGUGGAUUUUCAAUGGAGGUGUUUAUGAUUAAAACUGGAUUUUAUGAGUAUAGAAAACGAAAAGAAGCAGAUAAAUUGACAGCCAAGACUGCUGAAUUUAUGCUCGCUAAGGAAAGAAUUAUUGAGAAGUUUGCAGAACAAUAUAUCAAAGAGAGACAUCUGUAA